UUUUCCCCACUUUCCCACUAAGAAAAUAGACAAUUAGGAGCACAGAAAAGCAUAGAAAAACCUCUGAAAAAUUAGGAGCCUCGCUGAAUCUAGGGAUGAGGUAGAUAGCUAGGGGUUAUUCAACCCAGUUUUCUCAAAAGUCAUCCUUCGACGUGUGAAUGUUUUGACAAAGCAACAAAAUUAAUUGUCAUAGACUUGGACUUGGACAAAAAACGCGACAUUGACAUGAGAUAUUUUUUUUCAUGACUGAAAGGAAUCCAAUAUAUAUGGUCGCUAGACCCAUUUUCCCCACUUUCCCACUAAGAAAAUAGACAAUUAGGAGCACAGAAAAGCAUAGAAAAACCUCGGAAAAAUUAGGAGCCUCGCUGAAUCUAGGGAUGAGGUAGAUAGCUAAGGGCUAUUCAACCCAGUUUUCUCAAGUCAUCCUUCGACCGGUCUAAUCUCUGCUACAUAAAAUCAGAUUGGGAGAUAAGAUACGGAGAUAAGCAUUUCAUCUACGUGUCUUUGAUCUCACAAGGAAAUGGAUAUUGUUAUUUCAAUUGCGUCCAAAAUUGCAGAGUCCUUGGUGCGACCAAUAGGCAAAGAAUUUGGCUAUUUGAUUUGCUAUGAUUCCAAGAUGAAAGAUCUAAAGUAUCAACUUCAAAAGCUUUUUGAGAUGAAAAAUGGGGUGCAAGAAUUGGUUAAUACUGCCAAAAGGAAUGGUGAAGUUAUCAACUCUGAUGUUCAAAGUUGGCUAACAAGUGUUAACGAGUUAAUUCAGAAAGUGUCUCAUUUUGAGGAAGAAGUCAACAUGAAAAGGCAAUGCUUGUACCGGUGGAACAUAAGUAGGAAAGCCACUAAGAUUACACAAGAUGUUCGUCAUCUCCAAAAAGAAGGAACAUUCAAUAAUGUUGCCCAUCCUGCACCUCCACCAAUGAUAUCGUUAGCAUUCAAAGAAGGUUUUAAGGAUUUUAAAUCCAGAAUGACAUGUGUGAAUAGGGUGAUAGAGGUUUUGAAGAAUGAAGAAGUUAGAGGGAUUGGGAUUUGUGGUAUGGGGGGUGUGGGUAAAACCACAAUGGUGAAAGAAAUCAUCAAAAGACUGGAAGGAUUGAAAGUAUUCGAUAAUAUUGUGAUGGCAGUUGUGUCCCAAUGCCCAAGCAUUCAGAAGAUUCAAUCAGAAAUUGCAGAGGAGCUGGGGUUUAAAUAUGACGAGAAUACCGAAAGUGGAAGAGCGCGAAGGCUCUACAGAAGACUCAUGGAAAUAAAUAGCAUCUUGAUUGUAUUAGAUGAUGUCUGGACAGAGCUUGAUUUUGAGGCUAUAGGACUUCCUUCUGGACUUUCUCAUAAAGGGUGCAAAAUUUUGUUGACCUCACGAAACUUGGAAGUGUGCAAUGCAAUGGGAAGUCAAGAAAUUUUUACACUCCCAGUUUUAACAGCAGAAGAAUCAUGGGAACUCUUCAGUGAAAUGGUAGGUAAACCCUUGGACUAUCCUGAUUUGGCAAAACAAGUCACGAAUGAGUGUGGAGGUUUACCUAUUGCUAUUAUAACUGUUGCAAAAGCACUAGAAAAUAAGAGGAAGCAUGAAUGGGUUGAUGCACUCAAACAACUACAAAGUUCAGCUCCUGGAAGCAUCUCUUCAAUGAAUGACAGAGUUUAUUCAAACAUACAAUGGAGUUAUGAUAGAUUGGAGAGUGAUGAAGCGAAGUCAUGCCUUUUGCUUUGUUGUUUAUUUCCUGAAGAUUAUGAUAUUCCAAUUGAGUAUUUGGUUAGAUAUGGAUGGGGUCGAGGGUAUUUUAGUAACACUGAUUUAGUGGAAGAAGCAAGAAAUAGAGUGCAUUCUUUGGUUGACAAACUUCAAAGAAGGUUUUUAUUGCUAGAUAGCAAAUUGAAAGACCAUACCAAGAUGCAUGACAUAGUUCGUGAUGUUGCCAUACAAAUUGCCUCAAGAGAUCCACAUAGAUUUCUAAUAAGAUGUGAUGCUGAAAAGAAAGGGUGGCCAAAGAUAUACGACCAUUACACAACAAUCUCACUGAUACCAAUUAAUAUUGAUGAGAUCCCAGUUGGUCUGGAGUGUCCAAAACUUGAGCUUCUACACUUAGAAGGCAAAUGUUAUUCGGAAAAUAGCAUGGACAUCAUGUGUAAGGGGAUGAAAGAGUUAAAGGUUUUAGGCAUGGGUGGGAUAUCAGCCUUGCCAAGUUCACAAGGACUACUGAAGAGCCUUCGAACCUUGUCCCUAAAUGGUUGUCGUUAUUUAACAGAUAUAUCUGAUGUUAUUGGAAGAUUGGAAAAUUUAGAGAUCCUCAGCUUUCGUGAAUGCAUUAACAUCUUAGAGUUGCCAAGGGAAAUUGGACUUCUUAAACAUUUAAAGUUGUUAGAUAUUACGGAUUGUAUUCGUCUUCAGAAGAUUCCACAUGGUCUUUUAUCGAGCUUAUCUAGUCUUGAAGAGUUGUAUAUGGAAAAUAGUUUUCGCAAAUGGGAACGAUCAGCAGCAGAAAGCGAAGAUAAGAGGAUGGCAAGCCUUGUUGAGGUGAUGUCUUUGUCUAAUCAUUUGAAGGUUUUAGUCAUGUAUAUUCCCAAUUUCAACUUCUUUCCAAAAGACUUUUACUUGACAAUCCAGACAACAAUAAGAUUCCACAUAUCCAACAGAUUGUGUCCCACAGGUUUUAGGAUUGAAAGUAAUGGUUGUUAUGCAUUCGAAAAUAAGUUGGAUAUUGUUGACAGUGAUGCAACGGAAUUCAUGGAGAUUCAACUCUUAUUUAAGAAAUGUGAAGAUUUAAUCUUGGGAAGGAUUAAGAAUUUAAAGUGUGUCCUCAAUGAAUUAGACCAAGAGGGACUGCAACACUUAAAAGUUUUAACAAUUUGGGACUGCCGUGAGAUAGAAUACCUGGUAAAUGGAGCGAGUUGGACUCAACAAACAGCCUUCCCUCUCAUUCAGUCAAUCCAACUCAUGUGGAUUCCCAAGCUAAAAGCAAUAUGCCACGACCAACUCCCACAGAGCUCUUUUAUCAACUUAAGAUCUCUUGAAUUAUAUGAUUGCCCUGUUUUAAAAUAUGUGUUUUCUCUAUCAGUAGCAAGCAACUUGGUUCAACUUCAAAGCUUAAAUGUUGACCGGUGUCGCCAAAUGAAAGAAAUCGUCUCAAAGGAGUGGAGGGAACAUGAGACGGCAUCGGACAUCAUAGCUUUCCCUAAAUUAACAAAUUUGACACUCCAAGGUCUACAUAAUUUCAUUGGUUUCUACGAAGUUAACAAUCUAUACUCCAACUAUGAGGUAACAACGCCCAAGGAUGAAAAUGUGGUAUUUCCAUCAAAGUGCAUUUUAUGGUUACAAAAUCUAGAAGAAGUGAAACUAAAAUUUGACGAUGGCAUUGUAGAUGUGUUAUUUGAUCUGAAAGGCCAUAUGGUUACGGAUGGGCCAGCACUUUCUCAUUUACGAAAAUUGGAGAUUUUAUUGGCUUUUGCAUGUCAACACCUUUGGAAGAACAUUCCGCGUGGAUUCCAGGGCUUUCAAAACUUAAGACAUUUCAAAAUAAAUUAUGGUACUGAUCUCCAAUAUGUGUUCCCACAUUCAAUUGCCAGGCUACUUGUAAAUCUUGAAGAGCUCAACAUAGCGGAAUGCUGGAAAAUGGAAACUAUAGUCAGAUUCGCAGAUGAAAAUGAAAAAGAGGAUCAGACGGGCAUGACUUUGUUUCCCAAACUAAAUAGUUUUGAUCUAGACGGGCUUCCCAAACUGAAGACAUUGGCUUCAGUAAUUCCACAAAUAAAAAAGUUGGAGAAAGAUUCAACAGCUCAUCACGAAGACGAAGACGAAGAUAUUUCAUCAGGAUCUUGUGGAUGUACACCUUAUUCAUGUGGCCCAAUGACCAAACCUACUUCAAGAACAAAUAUUGUUCAAAUAUUGCCACGUCCAGUCAAUCAAGAGGUUGCCCCAACAAAUCUUGAUCAAGACUCAAAUGAUUAUGAUAAUCUAGAACGUCUUUCUAUACUAUCCUGUAAGUCACUGGAAGUUGUUUUCCAACUCAAGGGAUCGAAGGCUGUGGAAAGCCAUAACGUUCAAGCAUUCAAUAAGUUGUGUUACUUGUCAUUAUACAAAUUGCCAAGUUUGAUGCACGUAUGGGAAACGGGAGGUUCACAACAUAUCACAGGCUUCGGAAACUUGACAUUCUUAAGUGUAUCCCACUGUGGCAGUUUACGAUAUUUGUUCUUGUCAACUGUAGCCAAGCUCCUUGUCAGUUUGAAGGACUUAAAAGUUGGGAAUUGUAAGAAGAUUAAACAAGUUAUUGCAAAAGCAGACACUGAAUGUGCUGAUCAGGAAAUUACAUUUCCUCAAUUGAAUUCCAUGACGCUUGAAGAUCUACCAAACCUCAUUUGUUUCUCUACUGAAGCUUAUACUUUGAAGUUGCCAUCUUUGAUGAAAUUGAAGGUUAUAAGAUGUCCAUACUUAAGAACAUUUGCUUCUAAGGUUGUCAACACACAUUCUAGAAUCCAAGUACACACAGAGUUGGGACAAUCUGAGUGGAUGGGGGAACUCAAUAGCACUAUAGGGAACAUUCACAAAAAAAGGGAAACACAGAGAAGUACAGAGGUGAGUAUAUGUAUGUCGCUAUCUCCAACUUUUAUAUUAAGGAAACACUGAUGUUUGCAAAUCUUACUAAAAAAAAAAUACGCCAUAUUAUGCUAUAUUAAGGAAAGAAUUAAAUUAAGUUAGCAAAAUCAAAUUACGGUUCUAAUGAUAUAAACCAAAAAAAAAAUUAGGUGUGAGAUUGUUUAAGCUUCGAUUUGACAAUAAAUUACAAUGUAUUUCAUGUGUGUUUGAGGUUUUUUUAAUUCAAGUAUUCUAUCAUUGCGAUAUAGUAGACGAAAACAACAAAAAAACCUAAUUCUGAUGUGGUAUCUCGUUAGAACAUCUCGAAUGGGCUCCUCCCUAAAUGAGAUUCUAAGUUAAAAUUUAGAGUGAAUGUCAGCAACCCAACUCCAAGAAUCUCAAAAUAUGAAGUUCUACAGUUUCUUCAGUUAAAAAAAAAUGCCUAGGCAGAGUAUUUAGAGCCUUCUGAAAUUUGAAUUUUGUAGAUUAGUCUAGAGAUUUCUGAAUGUUGUAGCUUUUUGCAUCAUUAUCAAAAACACUCCGAGGCUCGUUUUAAGUCCCAAGUUGACGAUUCUCACAUUUAGUGCAUUGGAUGAACACUUUCAUUAUUUUUCUAGCUUAAUAUUGUUUCCCUCUUUUCAGCACAUUCAUGAGGAGGUUUGAGUUCAGUUCUGAAGAAUUUUAUGAGGAUGUGCAUACAGACUCUACAGAGUGAGUUCUUGAAGUUUGGAAUAGCAAGUUGCAACUCCACAUCUCUAACCUCAUCAAUUCUUGAGAAACAAUCCCAUUUCAAUUCCAAGUGUUAAAGUGUAUUAUAAUUCAUGUACUGGAUUUCAUUUGUAUGUCAUUCAAAUGUUAGAGCAGAUCUGAUGGUUAAAGCAUAAGUUCAUGUAUUGUUUAGAGUUAUCAGGGAUUGAUGUUAAAUUCUCUCUUCAAAUAAAUAGUUCUUGAAGA